AUGGAGCGCCCGAGCCGCUCCUCAACUACGUCGGUGCAUGAGACGCGGCUACCACGUGAAAAUGUUUCCGGGGAGCAAGAUGCGAAUAGUCCAGCCACAAUUCCUACAUCGCAAUGGGAGUGGUUAAAGAAGCUUCAGGAGGAACACGGUACACCAAUCAGUGACCAAAAUCGACAGCGCCUGGAAAAAGAACUGACGGCCGACACCUGCAAGAUCUAUAUCAAUUAUCUAAAAGAGAAAUACGAGAAGAAGGGCACGAGCAAAUUUAUGAACGCCAUUAAACCAGUCGUCGAGGGGCUCAAGGCAUACACAGAUGGCCUUAAUACUCUCACCAAGAAUUCACUAGGACUCUCAAUAACCUGGGGUGUGAUCCAAUAUGGAAGGUAUCCUCGGCUCGAUGAGGCUCUCAUUAGUAUGUACAUGGCCUACUUGGACACAUGUAUUCGCGCAGCAAAUUUCCUUGAGAGGUCUGCGUCUGCUAAUUUCUUCCGCGGUUUCUUUUGGGGUGGAAAAAAGUCUCGCGAUAUGGAAAAAGUCAUGGACGAUCUAACGGAAUGCUUCAAAAUCGUCAAGAGAGAAGUCAGUUACGCAAAGCAUCAGAGAGACCACGCAUUACGUUGCGACAUUCAGACAAUAGUGGCCUUCCAAGGUCCAUCAAAUUGGUACAUGACGCAAGAGCAUAAUGGCUGGCCUUUUGCAAAGAUGCUGCCACUAGAUCGACGAGCCGAAUACUACCUCAGGAAUAAUGAGAUUGAUGGGGUGGAACAUCACUUGAAGCCCAUCAAAAACACGUCAGACUGUGACGUUCGAGUCUGCGUUAUACAUGGCAUGUUGGGGGUAGGGAAGACGCAAUUCGCCCUCGAAAUCGCCUCCCGAUGGGGAGGGCCGGUCUUUUGGCUCAAUGCCGAAACACCAGUCAAGUUAAAGGGGUCACUUGAUGAGGUUGCGAGGAUAUUGAGGCUAAAUGUCGAGCCCCGGAUGCAUGGUAAGGAACUCGGUAACUUGGCCAAGGAGUGGCUAGCGACUCAUGAUGGGUGGCUACUUGUCUACGACGACCCAAAGAGCUUUGAAGCCAUGGCAGAGGUAUAUUGGCCGACUUUGUCACAAGGUUCGGUCCUCGUGACGACGCGGAACAAAGACCUGUCGAUUCCGCCCGAUGUGUCAAAACAGUUCAUCUCGCUGAGCUUGCUACCUAUAUCGACAGAUGCCAGUAAAAAGUUUCUCGAAAAAAGCCUCAAGUCCCACGAGGCAGAAGAUGGCGACUUGGAACGGAUCUCGACUCUACUAGGAGGGAUCCCGCUGGCACUUGCGCACGUGGCAGAGUGUAUCAAAAAGCCGGAUUUUGAUUUAACAGACGCCAAAGAUGUUAUCAACGCCCUCGAAGGAUUCAGCAUUCCCCUUCCAGAUCUAUGGUCCAAAGACCAUAGGCAAGGUUCUGAGAAUCCACCAUCUUGGCCAUAUGAGAGGCUACCGCGCGAGGCUCUAGAUCAAGUUUUACCCAGUUCGGAGCCAAAUGCAGUGUCGCUAUUAGGCUCACUGGUUAUAUUUGAUGUCCCGACACCUCUCUCAAUGUGGCCCGAAGAGUGGAAAGAAGCAUAUCUCCCACGAUUCCAUUAUGAUGGCACCGUUGCAAAGAAGGCUCUCAACCAGGCCAAGAACUACUGA